GAUCUCCGUCAGCAUCAGCAGCGCGGAGCGUUGUGUGGCGUCAUAAGCAGCAGGGGUGGUCCGACGAUGAGUCCGCCGCUAUCGCCGGCGGCCCUGUCGGCUUCGGCGGAGCGCGCCAUGCAGAAGUACUACGGGUUCAGGGAGCUCAAGAAGUUCCAGCGUGACGCCGUGCUGGCGUGCUAUCGCAGGCAGCACUGCUUCAUCAUUAAACACACGGGAGCCGGUGAGGCAGGCGAGGCCCAUGUGGCGGGCGGAUGGAUCUGUGUGGGUGUUUGUUCAUUCUGAUAGAUGAGUCGAUUAUGUAUGUUGGUGUCUGUGGUGCAGGCAAGAGUCUGUGCUACCAGCUUCCCUCUUUGAUGGACAAGGCCAGCGGUAGGUUUGUGCUGGUGAUAUCGCCGCUGAUAUCGCUCAUGCAGGACCAAGUGCACGCGCUGAUGCAAAGACAGGUGAGGCACACGCACACAUCAAAGACUGGCAUUUCAAUCACUCGAGUGUUGUGUGUGUGUGUGUGUGUGUGUGUGGGUGUGGGUGGGUGUGUGGGUGUGUGUCACAUUAACUACGUGCAGAUUGCCGCCGUGUUGCUAGGUUCAGCGAGUAGCUACACCUGGGGCGACGUGCUGGCGGGCCGCUACCGCCUGGUUUAUGUGUCGCCGGAGUAUGUGGAGAAGAUGGUCGACACGAUAGCUGCCUCCAAGGACAGAAUACUGCUCCUCGCCAUAGAUGAGGUCCGUACGGGCCUCUGAUGAUAUCUGAUGCUCUCAUUUCAUUGUCGUGUGUGUGUCCAUUGAUUUGAUUGCCUUGGCAGGUGCACUGUGUGAGUGAGUGGGGCCAUGACUUCCGGCCUCUCUAUCGCAAGCUGUACCUGCUCAAGUAUGUCAGAGACCAAACCAAUGAGUGACGCACUUGUGCGAAUGUAAUGUGUUGCGCAUAUACUGCGGCUAUGCACUUACUUUACUUGUGCAGGCGAGCGCUGAGCGGCGUCCCCGUCAUGGGCCUCACAGCCACAUGCACCAUGGAGGUCAGAGCAGGUCACGCCACGCCAUUGCGGGCAUCACACACCAUGUUUUCGCUUCUGGCAUCAGGUCCAGAGUGACGUGUUGCACCAGCUAGAUCUCAACAUCCGCGACGUCCUCGUCCUCCGCAGCACCAUCAACAGGUAUCAGCCCGCAGCGCAAGGCAACCACACACAAACGCCGUCAAGCCGCUUCUUGAUCCCUCCCUGCUGUGCUGUGCUGUGCUGUUUGGGGUGUGUAAAGGACGAAUCUGUACUAUGAGGUGCGUGAGAAGAAGGGCAUGCAGGACGACCUGGGCAAGCUCCUAGCCAUGCCAUCUGUCACACUCGUAAGUGACCCUUGUCGAAAGCCACCACACAAUGACUCAUCUGUCUCUGCUGUGCGUGUGUGUGUGCAGCCCCGUCCGCAGGCCAAGUCCCGUUCCGAGAAGACCAUCGACAAUGCCGCCAACACCCCUGAUCCGCUGCCGUUCGCGUCGACCCUCAUCUAUGUCCCCACCCAGAGGGACGCAGAGGAAGUCGCCUCGUCAGCCGACACACACUCACACACACACGACACAGACCCACACCCACACAGACACACCCACACCCACACAGACACACCCACACCCACACAGACACACACCCACACCCACACAGACACACACACCCACACACAUCCCACCCCAUGUGUGUGUCGCGUCAGGUUCUUGAGCGAUCGCGGCGUGCAGGCGGCCGCAUACCAUGCCGGUGAGUGAGUGAGGAGGUCACCUAGGCAAGCAAGGAGAGCUCAUGCCAUGCCAUGCGGCAGACAGGUGGUGUGGUGUGUGAAGCUGGGUUGGGCGUGUCGUCACCCCAUGUGUACUGGUUGUCAUGUCGUGCAGGCCUGCGGCCCGACAGGCGUUUGGGUGUGCAUGAGGACUUCCUGCAGGACAAGGUGCAGGUGGUGGUGGCCACCGUGGCCUACGGGAUGGGCAUCGACAAACCCGACAUCAGACGCGUGAUCCACUACGGCCUUCCUCGCACCCUCGAGGCGUAUGUCCAGCAGGCCGGCCGGGCAGGUAGGGACGGCGACCUGUCCGAGUGUUACCUCUUCUGGCGGGAUGGUGACGGCGCCACCGGCCGGGCACUCAUUCUCAACGAUGCCAGCACCGGCAAGAACACAGCCGAAUACACAAAACACCUGUAACUCACCCAGCCAGCCCACCAGACACAGACACACAGGGAGGGAGGGAGGGAGGGAGAGAGGCACUGAAUGCGGGGGGCGUCUUGGUGCGCCUUGGAUGAUGUGUCUUAGCCGCUCUGCCUGUUGUUGCCAUGAUGUGUGUCAGGAUGGGCUUGUUUGGCAAGGUGCUCGAGUACGCCAAGGCCGGCAGCUGCCGGAGGGACAUGCUCAUCACAUACUUCAGGGAACAACAAGAUUACUCACAAACCGCCGCAGCACAGGUGACGGACAGACACGAGGCUAUACGGACGGACGUUUUCCUCUCCUCUUUGCAUGUGCAUGUGUGUGUGUGUGUGUGUGUAUGUGUCAGGGUUCGUCUGACGACCCGCAGGCCACCAAGGGCAUCUGUAGGAAGUAGGCGGCCGGAGCAGAAACACACACACACUCCCGAACAUGCGCACAUCGAGGCAAUGUGCCGUCGAUCAGGUUGGCGGACGGAUCGGUGACAUGCAGCUUCUGCGACAUGUGCAGGCGGCGGGGGCGGGGGCGGUCGUCGGCACCAAACACACAAGUUGACAUCUCGUAAGCAGACAGACAGACGGCAUUGCAACACACACAGCCUGCCCUGCCUUGUCUGUCUGUCUGUCUGUCUGUCUGUCGACACACACAGGUCGGAGGCCCGCAUCCUGUUGGCCGGCGUGGCUGCCUGUGGCGGACGAUUCGGCAUCACCAGUAAACCGAAACACAUGCCAACAAGACGCCUCCUGCCCGCCUUGCCUUGUGUGUCAGUGCCGUGCAAAGUGGUGAGCGGGGCCGGUAGCACCGACGUCAAACAAAAAGGGCUGACCCAACUGCGGGAGUACGGCAGCGGUCGCGAUCGUCCCGUCAAAUUCUGGACGGAGCUCGGCCGGAUACUAAUCCGCGAAGGCCUGCUCACCGAGACGGUCGGUGGGACAGAUCAGGCCGCCGGUCCACACACAAACACACACGCUAGACUUCUCUCUCUCUCUCUCUCUCUGUGUCUUGUGUCAGGUAACGAGUUUCAGCAGCGCCCAGAGCUUCAUGUCCACCUACAUGGCGGUGUCGGUGUCGCCAGCGGGUCGUAGGUUCAUCGCCGACCGGGCCAAGACCCUCACCACCGACCAGGCCGAGCGCCUGUUCUCCUUCAUCAGGCUGUCGGGUGAGGGGGGCGGGGGCGGGGAGAGGGACGCCCCCCGUGUGGCGGUGUCGACGGCCGCCACGCUCAAGCGGCAUGAAGACGACUUGUACAUUGUGCUGAGGGACAUCCGCUCACGCGAGGGUCAGAGGCGGAAGAUCGCUCCAGUGCAGGUAGGGGUAGAUGCAUCGACACUCUCUCUGCCUCUGUGUGUUUCUCCAUUCGCUUUGUUCUGUUCUCGUCUGGUGUUGUGUUGUGUUGUCGUUUCUCACAGAUCCUGAGCAACGAGGUGAUGCGCAAGGCGGCUGGGCUGCGGCCGACGACCAUCCCGCAGCUGCGCAAGACCGUCGAAGGCAUCCCUGAGACCAUCGACCAGACCAUCCUGCAGGCCAUGACCACCGCCAUCGACAAAUUCUGCCGGGACCACUACCUCACACCAGACCUCAAUCCCCCGCCCCCACAGCCCCCGCCUUCACGGGCAGAUGCAGCCGACGGGCCAUCGACAUCGUCGCGGCAGCGGAGCGCCGCAUCCUCUCUGCCGAUGAAGAGGAAAAGUCAGUCAGGGAGAGGGGGAAAGAAGCAGGCGGGGUCAUUGACGCGUGUGUCCCUGUGUCUGUGUGCGUGCGUGUGUGUCAGGUAGCGACAGUCCCUCGUCUGCGGAUGAGUCAGGUGUGUGUGCAGAUCGUGCUGUCGAGCACAAGAGGGCAUCGAUAGGCGAGAGGAGUGAAAGGGCAGAGCGGCAGGAAGCGGACGAGGUGCGGCCGCGGCAGCUGAGGGCUCCCGUGUUUGACAAGGACGAGAAUAGCAACGCCGGCGAUGAAUUGCUCGACAUGCUCGCCUGACGACCAGUGGUCUGUCUGUCUGUCUGUGUGGUUGAUAGAUCUGUCUGUCUGUAUAGGACGGGCCACUGCUGCAGUGCAGACGUGUGUGUAAGUGAAUGUGCAUGUGUUGUGUUGCGAUUGCUGUCGUGGUGUUGGGGUUGUUGUAGAAACAUAUCCUGCCUCUCCUGCCUCUCCUUACUAGGUCCGCGAUUCCGUCACGAAGGCCUUGUUGUCUCAUGAGACGAACAAGGCCUUCGUGGACGAGUUGCUGGCCUAAAAGACCCCCAGGAAAAAAGGAAAUCGAUGCAAACUAGAUGGACGUGACCAGUUACAUGUUUCUUGCGCGUGUGUGUGAGUGCCUUCAUGCAUUGGGG